AGAAGAAAACUAUUACAAAAAUGUACUGCACUUUAUUUUCAUAUCUACUUAUACUAAUUCUUCUUCAAUUUAAUGAAAUUGAUGCUUGUGGUCCUCUUCCGUCGGUGCCCUUUGUGGAUACAAACCAGUCAACGUCCAUUAAGUAUGCCAACCCUGGAACCGUACUUCGUUUCAGGUGCAAAAAUGCAACAUCUUCGCCUGAACUUCAAGAGAAACUUGCAGUGACAAUGAUCUGUCUUUCCAAUCACACAUGGGCGGUCCACGGGGCCUCGCGAUGUGAACCUGAGAAGUGUUAUAUUGCUUUUGCAAUAUUCCUGACGGCUUCGGUUAUAGCAGUUUCAGCAACUCUGACUUACAUCGUGUCACUGACCAUUAUUUGGCUUUUGAACAGAAAAACAAGGUAAGUAUGUUUAAGUACUUUCUGUUUAACUUUUUAGUAUAUUUCAAAUCAACUGAAGAUU